CAGUGACUCCUGCCCGGAAAAUGUCCAGCCCUGACAUAAAGGCCCCGGGUGUCCACGAGCUGCUGUCACUCAGGAGGCCACACAGUCCAAGAUGGGCUCUGUGCAAGCAUCCCGGAUAGGGCUUGCGGGAGGACGGGGGAUGUUGGCAUUGCUGCUGGCCAGUCUCCUCCUGCAAGGGACCUUGGCCAAGAGCAUUGGGACCUUCUCAGACCCCUGCAGGGACCACACGAGUAUCACCUCCCCCAGUGACCCCUGUCUCCUGGGGAAGGGGAGCUCCAGCAGCUUCAGUAGCCAAAGUGGCUCCAGCAGUUCCAGCAGUUUCCUUUCGAGUUCCAGUGGCUCCCGUGGUGGCUCCAGUGGCGGCUCCAAUGGCUCCAGUGGCGGCUCCAAUGGCUCCAGUGGUAGCUCCAGCGGAUCCAUUGCUACCCAGGGUCGUUCUUCAGGAUUAUCGUUAUUUAAGCCAGGAACGGGGUAUUCCCAGAUAAGCUACUCCUCUGGACCUAGCUCUAGUCUACAGGGUGCAUCUAGUUCCUCCCAGUCAGGAAGCCUCAGCUCCCAGUCUGGAGGAGGCUCGAGCUCUUCUGUUUCCCAGACCUCCUCGUUGUCCAGCAGCAGUGGCCAGGAGGUCAACGCCAAGCUGAGCCCCUGUAGUUCCAACAUCCCUGACUCUCCCUGCAGUGGGGGACCCAUCGUCUCGCACUCUGGCUCCUACAUCUCCAGCUCCCAUUCUGUGUCUGGGGGUAAAAUGCCUGUAGUGGUGGUGGUGGAGCAGCAUGGCUCUGGUGGCCCCAGAGUGGGUCAAAGCGUCCCCUGUAGCAAUGGUGGCCUUCCAGGCAAGCCCUGCCCCCCCAUCACCUCUGUAGGCAAAUAUGGCAGCUAUGAGGUGGUGGGUGGCUCCUCUGACAGUUAUCUGGUCCCAGGCAUGACCUACAUCAGGGGCAAAAUCUACCCGGUGGGCCACUUCAUCAAAGAGCACCCCAUCAAAGUCUCUCCAGGGGAUCCCUCCUUUGCAGCCGGGGCCCCCAUCUCUGAGGGCAAAUACUUCUCCAGCAACCCCAUCAUCCCCAGCCAUAGCUCUUCUAGUUCCAACAUCUACCAGUCGGGAGCUUCCUCGGCCAUUGUGUUCCAGCCGGUGGGCUCUGGUGGGGUCCUGCCCUAUGGCGUUGGCUCCAAGGGCUCUAAGGAGCCCUGCUCCCUCUCUAGCUCUGGAGUCCACAGCAGUUCUAGCCUUUCCAGCAGUUCUGGUUCAUCUUUCCAGCCCUGUGGUGGUGUUUCCCAGAGGCCCAGCUCCUCACCAGGCACUGGCUCCUUCAGUGGCAGCUCCAGCUCCCAAUCCCAUGGCAAAAUCAUCCUUCAACCCUGUGGCAGCAAGUCCAGCUCUUCUGGUCACUCUUGCAUUUCUGUCUCCUCCUCAACAUUGAGUAGGGGUCGAGCUGGCUCCUCCCAACAUGACCCCUCAGCUGGUGCCAAGCCCUGUGGCUUUGGCAGCUCUGGAACGAUCCCCUGCCACUCCAUCCGGGACAUCCUAACCCAAGUGAAACCCCUGGGGCCCCAGCUAGCUGACCCUGAAAUUUUCCUACCCCAGGGAGAGUUACCUAACAGUCCAUAAAGCAGAUUUUGCCUACACACAUGUGCAGGCAUACACACACACACACACACACACACACGCACCAUCUCCCAGGUGGGAGAAGUUCAGGAGCCCAGCCAUGGGGGUAGCUCAGUUUUCUUCCACCCUCCCAAGACAGCUGCUCUACUUCCCCCAUUGUCCCAAUGUGGCAGACUCUCCCUUAUCAGCUCUUCUUUCUUUACCUCCCCAAAUUGUAGGCUCCAAAUCCCUUUCCUCAUUCUCUCCUACUGUUUAGAUUCCCAUUGUGCUGCAGUGCCCUCCCUGCCAGAUACCCUCUCCCUAGCAUUUCCUCCGCCAUUUCUUUGAGACAGUAUAGUCCAUUGGCUAACCCUACUCAUUCAGAUUCUUGACUGGGAACCCCCUGAAAUGUCCUACAGUAACUCUGAUGCCUGGACAAGCCAUCCCCUCCCCACCCCCCUCCCCCCACUUUGCCAAAUAAAGCACAAUCCAAACAGUUAUUUGAAAACAGUGACCAUUUUUCACCGGUCUCAUUUCACCAUCUGGUCAACCAGCAUGAUAUCCUGUUGGGUUCUCACACUCCCAAUUCCACUCCCACGCUCCAUUAUAGAGCUCAGCACACCCUUUUUGAGUUCCCAACAUUCCUCUUUGUCUCUCAAGGUCUCCAUCUCAGUCCCCCUUCCUGGCUGUCACUUCCCUCAACGUUCAGAGGCUUCCCUGUGUGUAGGAGAUACCAGGGUAUCUGCAGAGACUGGAGCAGGCUCCCUGCUCUCUCUGGGUCCUGGACAGAUGUGUCAAUAAACUGUGUGAACUGGA